AUGUACAAAACAACACGUACCUAUUGUUCAUCUCCACCAAAACCACGUGAUUCCGUAAACCUGCCGACCGAAGAGAACGCAAAAUUUAUCGAACUCUGUAUUUUCGCCCAUGAGUAUUUAUUGUGCCUCGUUGUUGGUGAUGGCCGGAGCCGACGGGGAAACACUGCAACAGAUGCAGCAGGUGCUUCACAUUCCUCCGAAGCUCAGAUCCGAUGCUGUUCAUCAGUCCUAUGGACCAAUAAUUUCCAACUAACCGAACUGCCGAAUGUAGAGGCGAAAAGAUGUCACAUUAACGCCUGGGUUGCCGAAAAUACGAAGGAUAAAAUAAGAGACCUGUUGCCGCCUAGCUUUCUCGACCAAAACUCGAAAUUCUUGCUAAUCAACGCGUUGUAUUUUCGAGGCUCAUGGGAGCAUCAGUUUGAUAAGAAAAAAACUCAAGAGAGUGAUUUCCAUUGUCUGAACGGGGAAUCAAUGAAAGUGCAAAUGAUGUAUAAAAAAUCGCGCUUCAAUCUCGCCUAUCUAGCAGAACUGGAUUGUAUGGCUAUAAAACUUCCAUUUCGGCGGAGCGAUUCCCAGAGUGAAUGGGCCCUGUUGAUUUUGUUGCCACACGAAAGGGCUGGUUUGCCGAAGCUUCUUUCCAAAUUACGAGCACCAGGACAAUUGGCGUCCGCAAUGGGAUGCAAGUUCUACAUGGAAAACGCUCAUCUGUAUCUUCCGAAAUUCAAGCUUGCAGAUGAGCCCAUGAUAGAUUUGAAGCCGAUUUUAUAUGAAUGUGAAAUGAAGAAAUUGUUCGAGGGAGCAGGCUUGUCCAGGUUGUCCAAAUCGUUCUUGUCUGUGACCGAUGCCUAUCACAAAGCCCUCGAUGAAGAAGGAGUGACAGCGGCUGCCGCGACAUUAUUCACUCAGAGUUUUAGUACUCGCUUGCCUGAGACAAUUUCUGUCGACCACCCGUUCUUCUUCGCCCUCGUGUGUGAUUCUGCGGUGCCCGUGUUUGUUGGACAUGUUGUCGCACCAAACUGGGACUAA